UAAAACUGAACAUGACUUUUGACCUUUAAGUGAAUAGGCAACAAAUUCCUUUAUUGCAAUACUGCUAAUUCAAGCAGAUGUUCCUUUCCUUCGAAAUCACCUCACGGGCAAAUAUUGUACUUUUGCACACCUACAUUUUCGUGUGCAAAAGCUUAUUUUUCAGAGAAGUGAAUCCCCUUCCUUAACAAUGCAUCUUCAGAAUUUCAAAUUUUUAGAUGGACAAGGUAUAAUGAGAAUUUCUGCCAGAAUAGGGUGCAUUGCAGUACAAAUGACCCGAUAGUUUACAACGUGUUUAGAAUCAGCAAAACCACGGCCAGUGGGGUCGGCCACCUAUCAGUGUUCAGUGUGAAAUACUAAUAACCCUUAUGCAUCCAGAAGACCAGAGAAGUUAUAUUUAUCUGGUCUUCAAUUUCACAAACCCCAAAACCAAAUUCAAAUAGCAUCAACUCAGUUAAAGAAUAAUAAAAAAAAUCAAUUUAUUAAAAGUUUUUUGUGAUGAUCAAUUAACCCCGGCCCCCCUUGUGGAGGCGUUGGUGGUGUGACUCCAUGACAUCAUCACACCGCUGGAGCACAGCUGGACGUCCCACCCCGCCACUCUGAAAAUGUUACACAAAGCAGAGCCUCAGUGACCGGAGACCUGCCCCGCAGUGCCCCCGUUGGACCCGACGGGCAUCUUCCCCAAGAAAAAGAAGAGGCCGUCACGCACACGCGCGCGACACCCUCCGCCUCUCGAGCGCAAACGCCCCCGUCGAGCGGUCCGCUUUCUUUCUUCUUUUUUUGUUUACAGUCUUGACAUUUAGAAGUUUCUUCGCGUAGAUUCUUCCCAUUAAAAAGAGUAUCUCAUUAACAUUUGAGUCACUUCGAGUCAUUAACGAAGCGCCGCGGCGUCAGACGUCACGUCGAGCGCGUGGACACCCGCGAAGCCGCUGCGUCUAAUCAUCACUGACAGGAUGCAACACACACACACACACACACACACACACACACACACACACACACCUCCUCGUGCCCGGUCUCCUCCACCAAUCGCAUCCUUUUAUUGGCGCGAGGAUGAGGAGGGUUUCGAAGACCAAGUGGCUCAUUCAUCAGCUCCUCGCACGGAAACACGUUGGCGUUCCGCUCUCCCCGGUUCUCCUCGCGCCUUUUUGGACUCGUUCGGAACUCUGCUGCUGCUGCGUGUGUGUGUGCGCGUGUGUGAAGGUGAUGCAGGUUCUCCUCGUGGCCUUGUUCUCCUCGGUGCUGCUGGUGCAGGUCAGCGGGGCUCCACGCGGAGACAUGCCGACGCAGAGGGGAGACCCGGCGGACAACAAGGAUCUCGCGUACUCGAUGUUGCUGAAGUUUGUGUCGGAGCUGACGGCGGCUCGAGGAGGCGAGACGCUCCUCGUGCCGGAGCAGGAGGAGGAGGAGGCGGAAGGGGGGAGGCAGGAGGUGAUGAGGCGACAUCUCCCCCUCACCCAAAGAGAGCGGAAAGCCGGCUGUCGUAACUUCUUCUGGAAGACGUUUACUUCGUGUUAGUACACGCGAAUUAACAAAAGAAAAAACGUACUUUAUUCAUCAGUGUUUGCUCAUUUUGUUGAAAUGCAGUUUUUGGGCUGUUGUAACGAUGCUACGCUGUGUGUUAAGAUUGGCGGAUGUACUGUGUUUACAAUAUUGUUGUCAUUGUGAUUUUGUGUUUUAAAAAGGGGAAUUCGAGUUAUUUGAACUGCUUUACAUUUAGGUAAUAAUGAUUAGAAUCAAAGCUAGAAAGUCUGAGAUAUUCUGAUGCUUAUAGUCUCAAUAAAAAAAAUAAAAAAAAUGGAUCCUACAUUUCUCAUAAUACAAAUUAUUUGCAUAUUUGUUCUGACCGGAUUGAAAUCAUUGUGGUGACCCGUUGGGUUUUGAGCCGCAUUUGUAUAAAAAGCACAAAACAAUUCAAGUGUAUUGACAUUUUAAUAAUUAUUUAUACUACAACCUGUAUUAGGAAAACCGACAUUCACCUGCGUGUUCAAGGCGUUCUCUCACUAAUGUAACUGCAAUUUGUACUUCAAGCUGUUUAUCGGUAAAAAAAAAAAAAAAAAAAAAGCAGUCACCGG